AAGUGCUCUGUCCUCCAUCCUUCAAUGUAGUGUGAACAUCACAGUCAUCAUCCCCAAUAUUUAUCAUAGUAUUAGUAGAGUAUGUCCAAAACCCUAAUUACUGACACUACUCCAUUAUUAUUAUUAUUAUAGUAGUAUUCUAUUAGUUUUCCCAGAAUGUGCAGCAAGCAUUCUAAAGAACUAGAUAUGUCUUCCCAGAGUUUGUUUUACAGGGCAAGGAUGAAGCUGAGGAUGCCUCCUGCCACUGCCAUUCUCUUAUUUAUCUACCUCAUUGUCUCCUUCUCACAUCUAGUUAAUGCCCAACUCAAUCUUACCCUUCCUAACCAACACCCUUAUCCUGAAUCUGUUGUUCACCAACUACAAAGGAAAGUCAAUGAGUCCAGAUUACUACUCCAGACAGUUGUAAGAGAUAACAAAUGUCAGAGUACAGGAAACCCAAUAGACGAUUGCUGGCAAUGCGACCCAAACUGGGCCAAAGACCGGCAAAGGCUAGCAGACUGCUCCAUUGGUUUCGGUCAGGGUGCAAUGGGUGGAAAAGGAGGUCAGAUCUACGUAGUCAGAGACUCCUCCGACAAAGACACCGUCAACCCAACUCCGGGCACUCUCCGGUACGCCGUAGUUCAAGAGGAACCUCUCUGGAUCGUGUUUGCAGCAGACAUGGUCAUAAAGCUAAAGCACGAGCUUAUUAUCAACAACUACAAGACCAUCGACGGACGGGGAGCAAAUGUUCACAUCACCGGCAAUGGGUGUAUUACAUUACAGUAUGUGAGCAAUGUGAUUAUACAUAAUGUUCAUAUUUACAAUUGUGUCCCUUCGGGUAAUACUAACAUACGGUCGAGCCCUACGCAUGUUGGGUGGAGAGGCAAAUCGGAUGGUGAUGGUAUAUCCAUCUUUGGAUCUCAUAAUAUCUGGAUUGAUCACUGUGCAUUAUCUCAUUGUACCGACGGCUUGAUUGAUGCGAUCAUGGGGUCUACUGCUAUUACCAUAUCGAAUAACUAUUUUAGUCAUCAUGAUGAUGUUAUGCUCUUGGGACAUGAUGAUAAAUACUUGCCUGAUUCAGGAAUGCAGGUGACAAUUGCAUUCAAUCAUUUCGGAGAAGGAUUAGUACAAAGAAUGCCAAGAAUUAGAAGAGGAUAUGUACAUGUGGUGAACAACGAUUUCACACACUGGCAAAUGUAUGCAAUUGGUGGAAGUGCUAAUCCUACCAUUAACAGUCAAGGCAAUCGAUAUACUGCUCCUGAUGAUCCAAAUUUGAAGGAGGUGACGAAGCGGGAGGACACGGACAAUGGGCAGUGGGAUGAAUGGAAUUGGAGGACGGACGGGGACACUAUGGUUAAUGGCGCAUUUUUUGUGCCUUCAGGGCAAGGCCUUACCAACCAGUAUAUCAAAGCCUACAGCGUCGAUCCCAAAUCCGCCCUUCUCAUCAACCAGCUCACCGCCAAUGCUGGUGUCCUUGGUGGCCCCAGGUACUUCUCCCAU